CGCCCACCGCCAAUCAUUUCACACGGUUCAUACGAAAACACACGUUGAACAAACGUAACCGUUUCCAUGUCUUAAACGUGCCAGUGAAGGGAUAGUAAAACAAUACAAACUUUAAAGUUAGAUAGGAAAGUUUUAGCUCGUUGACGGUCGCAUAAUGGCUGGAUUAACAGAGGAGCGUUUGCGCGUGGUCGCGAUCAUUCACGCGCUGAAGGCUGUCGGCAUCCGCGUGAAAAACUGGAAGAAUCUUCUGAACGGAAAUUCAAACUCCGAACAAACGCUCACUGAGAAAAAUGGGCCACAACGCUUUGCUUUCGGACGUGACCUGCACUUGCUACCUCAACAACAACUGUCUGAAAUGGGUGGUACAGUACCUCAGUUCUUGGUGGAGGCCUGUGGGUACCUGUCACAGCAUCUGCAUACCGAAGGUCUUUUCAGGAAGACUGGAUCCCUGAGUCGCAUCCGUGCAUUAAGGGCAGAUCUGGAGCAGAGAAAGACUUUCUUUCGCCCACCUCACGCAGACCUCUUGCAGCCAUGCGACGUCGCGUCUCUCUUCAAGCAGUUCCUGCGUGAGCUGCCGUCGCCUCUCAUCCCUACAGACCUCCAGGGUCCCCUGAUUCAGGCUCAGGGGCUUGCGAUAUCACAUGACCAGGAGGUGGCGAGAACCAGAACAACUCUACUUAUAACAGCUCUGAUUCCUUCAUCUCACGCCCGUGCGCUGAGAUACAUUUGUACCUUUCUGCGACAGGCUGCAGAGAGAUGCAGUGAGAACAGAAUGGAUGUAAACGGUCUGGCUGUUGUGAUAGCCCCGAACCUGCUCCAGUCUCCAGCGCAACUCUCCAAACUGACAGUGGACACUGAGAAGCAUCUAGACCAGCAGGCAGCAGUGAUCAAAACACUUAUUCUUCAUGCAGACCGUAUUGGUAUCGUUCCAUCAUGUGUGAUGGAGGCAUCACAAACAACAGGGGUGACAGACACACCCUCUCCUGCGGGUGGUGCUAUAUUCAGCAAGAGAACAGGACUGAGUGUGUACAGAAGCCUGAGACGACAACGGAGACGAAGCGUUGGCGAGAUAUUUGUAGAUGCUUUUUCCAAACUGAAGCCAUGUCGUACUCCCACCGGACCACCUAUAUCUUUAGAUGUCAUAUCAGAUCCUUCAUUCUCAAAAAGCCCCACUCCACAGUCACCAAUCACAGUCAAACGCAAAGCCACUCAUGAGACUUUUCCUGAACUCGAAGGAUCUGCUAAAAAACGGCGUUCUCUGCAUGACCUAAGAGAAGACACGCCGUCCUCAAUCAGCCAGCCAACAGAGGAAUCCACAGGCGUUCGCACUCCCCUGGAGGAAAAGAGUUGUAAGGAAGAUGUCAACACUUGCAAGAAGAGAAACCAGACUAGGGAGCACUGGAAAUCUCUUCGGCCUCUGGGACUGGAGGAAAAAGCUCACCGGAGAAAACGCUCUCUUCGCUUUUUCACUAUGUCCAACCACAUAUCACCAACACACAAAGAUUUUGAAAAUGGUUUAGAAAAUCAUGAUGUACAACCUGACUAUAAGAGUAGUAUCGAUGGUGAUGAAUCUCCAAGGGUACCACUAAUACUUAUUGAUGGACCAGAAGGAGUUGUCGUUGGAAAUGAGGUUGAAGAUGACCCAGAUCUUCUUAACUGCAGUUUUGUUGAAAGGCAUAAUGACUUUAGUAAUUCAGUGGGAUCUGAAGUCCCUUGCUUUCAAAAACAGGAAAGUGAGGAACCUUGUGAGGAUGAAUGCUGGACUGUACUUGAAGAUGAAAAGUUUGUACCACUAGGUGAACACGCAGCGAUUAAAUCUGUAACUCCGAAUGAAGUUUUGGAGUUUAAGGGAACAGAAGAUCAGGAACUGGUGCGAGAAACGAAGCCGGUGGGAGAGCCAUCACGUAAGGAAUCCAAAGAAGCUAAGAAAAAGAGCUCCAAGAACCGCUCCCGUCCACGCAGAUCCAUAAGCUUGCCUGAGGUGACGCUGGAGUCAUGUUGUGAUGAGAUUCCUGGGAUGGAAAAGGAAGUUGGAAGGGCUGAACCGGAGAUGGUAAAUCGUGUCUGGCCAUUGUUUGCCAGGCUGACCCUUUCAAAUGAGCCGGUUAGUAAAACAACGGAGAAUCACAAUGUGGGAAGCAGGGAGGUGCCAGGCCAAGAGAUGACAGGCACCGUUAAAAUGAGGAAGAAACAAGACAAGAUGGCAGAUUCGACUCUUGGUUUCAAAAGACCCCAUCAGCGCUUGUCCAUGGCUGAGCGACUUCGAAGUUUUAGCGCUUUGACAUUGCUGCUCCGGACAUCACGGGCGGCACCUCAGUUUCGGGACAAACCACAAGAAUGUCUUCAGAAGGGGGCUACGCGUCUUAGGAGGCAGGGGGCACGGCGGUUUGGACGCUCUAUUAGCCAUGAGGGAGUAUCAGAGAGACUGCGAGAGAGCCCUGAGAGUUCUCCACCUGCAAAUCAAGCUUUCAUAGGAAUAUGUGACGCUAGCCCUGAUUCAGGCGUGGAGUCUGUGGAUCAUGAAUUGAUCAGCGACUUGCAUCGAGAAGAGGUGUGCAAGAGGUCACAAUAUUCCCCAAAAUCCCAGCCAAGUAUUGAUGGGAAUGUAGGUUGUUUGCUAGCGAGGUUAGAGAGAAAUCAAGAAUCUGAAGUGGAUAAGAACGAAUUUCAGUCGUUGAGUAAGAAAUCUGAGCAGCCUGACAAACCCACACUGGAUUUCGCGGAGUCUGAUCUUCAUAAACUUGAUGAUCAAAAGAAUCAUGAUAGAGAUUCUGGUGUUCGUUUUCAUUUCGACGAACAUCAAGUCCUUUCACCUGAUUCUACAUCUCCAACAUUCUUCCAGCAGAUGGCGCCGUUGAAUCCCUUCGGAGACGCAAGCCCGGAUGAAGAUGAAGUCUCUCCUCUCCCUAAAACAGAGGAAAACCCCUCAUGGCUGUACGCAAGUCCAACAUUUCAGUUUGCACCUUGCAAAGCUUUUGGGUCAUUGGUGCUUGAUGAUGUCAUUUCUGAGGAUGAUGAACGAUUAUCUUACGAGAUGUCCCCUCCAGCUUUUCAUUUCAGACCUCCGACCACUCGAAGACGCUACAGAGACUCUCCCCGUUGGCCAUCCCAUGAAGUCCGCAUGUCUGCUUGGAACCCGUUGCCCCUUUAAAUGUUCUAGUUCUUAUUGAUUGGGUUAAUAAAUAUUAGUUCCCCACGAAAUAGCACUUGAAUCGGAUUUGUUACGGCAAAUGUUCAUUUGUGGAAAAGUGAUUUUUAUUGUUGGUACUUUUGUUUGUCAGUUGUCACACAAUGUUUUUCUUUGUUCUUAAUAAAGUUUUAAAUAGUUCAC